AUGGCAUCUUCUGACGACUCUUCGGAUCUCUCCUCUGUACCAUCUGAGGACGAAAGUUUACAAUUAACAAAAAAAGAUGGCAUUCUUAAAUUCUUCUCAAAAGCCCCAAAACCAACUGCUGCACGUAAAAUUGAGACUUCUCCACCACGACCAAAGAGAGAACCAUCACCACCUCAUGAAUAUGUUCUGGCAGAUAAUCCAGAUAUCGCCUUUAUCGUCAUGUUCCGUGCCCGGUUCAGUGAAGUAUUCCCGAAAUCUCUACCCAACUUUGGACCCCAAGAAUUGGAACACGCUGUUGUUGGUACUACGCCUGGGGAGCAUGCGGAGCAAUUUCUCUGCGCAUUAUUGGGGCUUCUCUUAAAUAGAAAGCAGGAUGUGAAAGCUGGACAUUAUAAUCGUGCUCUCGAGGAAGCCGUUCAAACACAUAAACUACAAUGGGCGAAGGAUUGGGAAAGCAAGAACCCUCUUUCUGGAGGGGCAACGUUCACUUCUAUGUCUCCUACAGAGCGGCUUACUCUACUACGUACCCUCAUACUCUGGUCCUUAGCCUCCUCCGACGUGGUUAAGGGUAUGAUUACAGCCUCAUACAAGCAAACUCGCCAUGAAGAUGAUUUGAACCAACCACUUUCUGUACAGCCUUGGGGAUCAGAUGCCGACAGACGUCGUUACUAUUUAGUGGAAGGUCUGGACGACACACACUUUAGAGUUUACAGGGAGAGCAACUAUACCGGCUUGAAGAGAACUUGGUGGAGCGUUGCAAGUGAUAUUGAUGAGUUGAAAUUGUUAGCAGAGAAACUAGUCAAGGACGAUGGUGGUCAAAAAGCCCGAACACUAAGUGGGAAAAUGCUUGCGGCAGUUCCACGUUUCGAGGCGACUGAAGAGAAACGAAAGAGAAGAGAAUAUCGACAAGCUCGCAAAGAGCAAUUUAAACGUCCUGAACCAAACUUCUCGAUGUAUGAAGGUCGUACCAGAGGAAAGCGCAUGAAGUACACGUACUCGGACGAUGAAGAUGAGGUCUUCUCUGACACUACUGGAUCCCGCCGUUCUACUCGAAACACUGGCAGCCACACCCCAGCUGAGCCAACGGGGCCUACUGUUACAUUAAGUGGUCGUCAGGUCAGAUCUCGUGUUGGUGGAGUUUAUGGUGAAAGCAUUAUCGGUGGGACGCAUGCUGCUGCGGAUAGUCGUGGAGACGUCGAACUGGGUGAAGAGUCAGAAGAGGUAACUUCUAGGCCACGCCGUGCUGGUGCUUCCAGUCGCGGUCGCGAUUGGGCUUCUAAGGGAAAGCACAUUGAGGGAUAUAACUCAGUGGACGAAAUGGACGACGAUGAGGAGGAGGAUGCUAGUGAGCAAGAUUAUGGCGAUGACGAGGAAGACGACGAUCAAGUAUCUCUAGCAAGCGAUGUUGAGGAAAUCGAAGAUGAGCCUGCAGAGGAGACCGAUGGAAUUGAACAAAUGGAGGAUGACGAAGACGAGCAGAAGAGCUUAAUUGUCAAGCUCCCAGUCAAAACUCCAACACCGGAGCAGAAGACUACGAUUAAACUUCAUCUAAGUCCACAGUCUAAAUCAAAUUCGGACAGCGUGGCUCCUCGACAGGAUCCAAGCCCACCUACAUCUACGGAAGUCACCAGUGAAGGGAAGGCUAUUUCGACCGAAGCCGAUAAGAAAACCAAGCCGAUUUCCAUCACGACGAAACCAAUUCAAACUCAACUCUCGCCUACUCUCACUUUCCGUGGUAGCCCUGAGAAAGCUUCCACCCUGCCACCAUCAAUCAAUGUCGGCUAUGGUGGGUCUUAA